AUGGACGACUCAAACAUUGUCGAGCUGGAAAUGCUGCGGCGGCAGCUCCAGCAACUGCACGAAUCAUUCACAGUGGUCAUUGACGAAACACGGCCAACACCAGACAACCCAAACCUGGUGUCAUGGCCGGACCUUCUGAGCAAAUUCAACAUUCUGGCGGCCAAAUACGCAGUGCUCAACCAGGCAGUCAGCAAAAAGCACGCGGCGCUGCUCAAGGAAAUGUCAGUGGCGCCCAAGACGCGACCGGGCAGCAUCCACGAGCAGAAUAUCAUCUCGGUGCUGCUGCGCACAAAAUUGGCGCCCGAGAUUGAACAGGAGGAGGAGCUUAUCUGGGCGCAGGUCGAGGCCGAGUCGCAGCAGGACAAGCGGCUGGAUUGGGCGGCGCGGGCCGAGAAGCAUGAGUCGCUGGCGGUUGCCGCGCUCAACACAUUUAUUGAGCAUCGGAGGGGACAUGCAAAGACCGUGGCUGGGCUGGUCAAGCAGAGGAUGGACGAGGCGGAGGGCGGGCUUGAUGCGUCGGCGAAGGAGGCGGUUGGCAGCAGCGACUCGAAGGUUGCGCUGGAGGACGUUCUUGCGUUCAUGUCCUCCGGAAUUGAGAUUUGA